CCGUGCCGUGCUGAAGGGUUGCGUGCUGGCGGCGUGCGGGAGGGCAGCGAGGAGAGGCGGCUGUGGGCACGCGGCGGUCGGUGCAGCCCCCUCCCCACCGGAGAGCCGGCGCCGGGACCAGCGGAGGGAGGCAGCUGGCUGCGCGGAGGAGACACCGCGCUGCGCCCGCCUCCGGCUGCCCGCCGCCGAUUGCCGGACUCCGUGCAUGCGAGGUGUGAAGCUGGGCUGCGCCCCUGAGCCAUCGCCAUGGAUUUUGUGAUGAAGCAAGCUUUAGGAGGGGCUACCAAGGACAUGGGAAAGAUGCUAGGUGGAGAUGAGGAGAAAGACCCUGAUGCUGCCAAGAAAGAAGAGGAGCGACAGGAAGCCCUCAGACAAGAAGAGGAGGAGAGGAAAGCCAAGUAUGCCAAGAUGGAGGCUGAAAGAGAAGUUAUGAGACAGGGGAUUCGAGACAAGGUAGGGAUCUGGCUUUCAGAAUGCACUGAGUGACUUACAAUGCUCAAUGGAGAACUGCUAUUUUCAGCUGAUUUGUAACCAGUCCCUUGAACACUCAGAUAAAGCCAGGUGAUUACUCUGGCACACUGAGCUUUCUAUUUUGUACACUGUUCCUGGAUCUAUGUACUAGA